AUGACGAAAGAUUCUCCUGAAUUGGCUGAGGAUUCCACAAAACUGGCCACUGAAAGAGCGAAAACGAACCUGCUGCUCACCGUUUCAUACGAUGGAACUUACUAUUUCGGAAUGUCUGGUCCAAUGGUUUUCCUAACUGAAUACGGCAUCCCCGUAAAUUGCACCGACGCAAGUCUAAGUUCCGUUUCAAACGAAUUAAUGAAGACAAUAACACUAAUACAUGGCUAUUUUGGCAAUAAAAGGAAGUUUAAACUGGCGAGGUCCGAGGAAUUAUUGAAAAGGCUGAAGUCGGAGGACUCGUCAAAAGAUACUAGUGCACCCACUAGUAAUGAGUUUGAAGAGGCUGAGGAGUACGCAAACAGAUUUACCAUGAUUGCCGCAAGCAGAACCGACAGAGGUGUGCAUUCGAUGGGAGCAGCGUGCCAGUAUUUGUCGUUUGACCGGGAAUUUAAUUUCAAAAGCCUGGAAGAAUUCCAAGACGCGCUGAAUAAGAGACUUCCAGAAGACAUUAGAGUCACGUCAGUGACAAUUCCACCGACGCCCAGAUUUAACGUUAGACAUAAUAACAUUGGCAAGUGUUACAUUUACAAAGUGGACAUGUCGUCGGAUCCCUCGCUGUUCGAAAGGAAUUACUAUUGGCAGAUUAUGUCAGACAAGCAUUUUUUAAACACACUGCUAAGAAAAUACAACAAAGUGAGGACUGAGUUUUCGUUUGAAAAGUUGGAGGAGGCAGGCAAGGUGUUCCAUGGAACCCAUAACUUUGAGGGAUAUAGAAAGGCCAGUAAGGGCAAUGAACGCAGCCACCUGAUUGAUCCAAUAUGUACAAUUAACAGCAUUGAAUUCGUGAAUAACCCAAAUGACAAAAUUGAUAUCGUUGUCAAGGGGAAUAGAUUCCUGUAUAAAAUGGUCAGGUGCAUCGUCAGUCACUUGAUCCUGGCUGGAUUUAACGUAAUUAAGCCUGACCAAAUUAAAGCGACUUUGGAAACAGGAUCUGAGAUCCCAAACGUGCCUUACGCCCCUGCUCACGGCCUGUAUUUGAAGGAGGUGUAUUUCAACAAGGAUGUGCAGGACAGGAUAGACGAAUCCAAGAAAAGGUACUACGAACGCCUAAACAGUGUGUUGAGCCGUUAA